UUCAUUUUGACAUUUCCAUAAAAACAAAUAAUCCAGUGCAGACAUCAGAGUUGGUUUGCUCAAUUAAAAUGGAAAUAUUAAGCGAUAAAUCAAUCGAAAAUGAAUCGGACGGAAGUGAAGAGUCGGCAGACGAGUCAAUGGACGAAACUGAAGUGAUAUCAGAACCAGAAGCUCCAAAGAAAAAGAAGAAGCGAGGAAUUGUUUACAUUUCAUCAAUUCCGAAGUUCAUGACAGUGGCUAUUUUACGCGAACAAUUGGGACGAUACGCAUCCAUCGGAAGAGUCUAUUUACAAGCAGCAGAAACAAAAGAAAACGCAAAGAAACGCAAAAUUCGACGACAUUUCACAGAGGGAUGGGUAGAGUUUGAAAGCAAACGUGCGGCAAAACAAAUAGCAGCGUCGUUAAAUAAUGCACCAAUCGCCACCAGAAAGAGUUCAAAAUUCUGCGACAUUCUGUGGUGCCUUAAAUACUUACCGAGAUUCAAAUGGACGCACUUGAGCGAACGUCUGACCUACGAAAAGGCGGUGUACAAUCAACGAUUGAAAACGGAAGUCGCUCAGGCUCGAAGAGAAGCCACAUUCUUCCAGGAUAAUUUGGACAAAAGUGAAAGAAUCAAGAAGAAAAAGAAGAAAAUGCAGCUGGCCGCGUAAAUAUUUGUUAACAUUAAAGUAAUGUACAGUAA